UGGUUAAGAUUCAUGAUGGAACAUAUUUUUACAUUCAACCCAGGCCUUCAAAAUAAGGAAUUAUAUAUUUGUUGUAUAUCCUCUCCAGAGCUCAAUUCUUUAUUUACUCAAAAGCUUUUUUGGCAGACUAGACAUCAGAUGAUCCUGUGGUCUACAUGGACCACAGGGCGGAUCAGCUGCCACUGUGUUAAAAGAUGCUACUUCAAACAGAGCUUAGGAAAGCAGCUUGUAUCAUUACUUCACUUUCAUUAGGGAUAAUAUGUUUAUAAAUCACUAUUUAACCAUUCUUAAAAAAAAAGUCAUCAUUUACUCAUGCAAUUUCAAUCCUAUAUGACUAAUUUUCUACUGUGGAAAAACCAAAGAUAGACAGACUCAACUGUCACUUUAAUUUCCUUUUGAGUAACGUAAAACGACAUAUUAUACAUUUUGGGUGAACUAUCCCUUUAAGAUAAUUGACUGUCUCUGAUGGGAAAGUUAGGUUCGGUUUCCCAUCGUUUGCUCCAAACUAUUAUGCAACAUUUGUCAUUUCCGUAAGCAUUCCUGAAUUGGAAAGAAUAGGAGUGUCUUAUUCUGGAAUCAUCUGCCGCUAGAACGUUCUAUAAACCUUAAUCAAACGCGCGCACAACACUCCGAGAAACGUGGCGUGAACGUUCUAGAGAAUUCCAUAUCAUUUCUGGUUUAGAAUGCAGCUCGAAUGCAGAAAAAGGUGUGGUUCUGUGACCUAUCUGUUCAAUCAACAAUAUUGAUGACAGAACAGUUUUGUAAACUUAAUUACCCUGAAUAGAUAUCAGUGGACAGAUCGCUGGAGAGGCUCGUGUUGCCCUGUCUUUUGUCAUGUUUUCUCUCACACCCAUCUCAUCUGUAUAAAUACUGAAUCUGCAAGAAAGGAAGGAGAAGUUACUCAUCAAGAGUUUGCUGAUUCAAAAGUUGUUUCAGGAUGAUCAGACUAGUCCAGCUGUUGUGUCUUGCUGGCCUUCUUCUACAGUGUGAAGGUCAGGGUCUCCAAACAUGCCUCACUCACCCCACGUACAGACCGGCAGAUAACGCUGAUAUAACAGUGGUGUGUGGAACCAAUUCCAUGUUUUUAAAAGUUCUCAUCUGUCCAAUGUAUUUCGGGGGAUACAACGAAUCACUAAUGGCACUCAAUGCUAAGUUUAACGUCCCAUCCUGCUAUGGAGUAGCGGACUGGACUGUCAAUCCUCCCGUCUUGCUGUUUAACUUCUCAAUCUCUCAGGAGGCGCUCACCCUCUGUGGCAACAAUAUGAACAUUACAAGUCAAGUGGGAUCAGGAGUCUUCUCAGACUUCUCCCAAAUCCAGUCCGUAAAUGUGUCCGGAUUAAUCAAUUCCUGGGAUCCCAGCACCAGCACCAUCACGUACAGGCAACAGCUUAUGUACCAGUUUUCAUGUCUGUAUCCACUGCAGUAUUUAGUCAACAACACUGAGCUCAGCGUGUCAGGAGUGAGCCUAGCGAUAAAAGACAACAAUGGCACAUUCGUCAGUACUCUAAGCAUGGGUCUUUUCAGUACGCCCGACUAUUCUACCAAACUCCAGAUCCCAGUUACUGGGCUGCAGCUAAAGACUCGCAUAUAUGUGCAGGUCAAGGCAACAAAUCUGACAAACAAGUUCAAUGUGUUGCUGGACCGUUGUUAUGCCACGACAAGCCCAUAUCCGGCCCCCAGCACCUCUUACGAUCUUUUUGUUGGGUGUAUGCGUGACGCCCAGACAAAGAUUGAUUGGAAUGGGAUGUCUCAGGUAGCUCAGUUCUCCUUCGAGGCCUUCCGCUUUCUGGAACACAAAAACCUGUCCAUCUCCACUUUCUACCUGCAUUGUGCUACCCGACUCUGUGAGAACUCCACUUGCUCCUCCUUGCUUCCGAAAUGCGUUAGGAAAAGAGAAGCACCAUCUCCAGAGUUCAACUCUACAUCUGUGGUUGCCACUGUCUCCUCAGGACCGAUCAGAACCCAAGUUGACAGUGGUGUCCCUGUCAGCAGUAGACUAACCUCAUCAGCAUCCAUCCCUCAGCUGACGUAUGUUGGGAUAACCACUGGCUUGCUGAGCUUCUUUCUAUUUAACUGGUUGUCUACAUCAGGACCUGCACAGUGAUCUACAUCAGGAUUCACUUGACUGAACACAACGUUUCUUAGAAGAUAUCUCACCUGUUACAUAAAUGUGAGAACAUUUAUCAUGUGUCAGUUAUUAGCACUUCUAUUUUCCAAUUUAAUGAGGCAAAUAGACUGUUGUCUUGUAAUUUUUAUUUUCUUUUUGUUCUAAGAUUUUCCAUGAGAACAAGAAAAAAAAAGAAACAUAUUCACUAUGUAGUUUACAUAUUUUUUUGAAAAAGUCUAUAAUGCAUGUAAAACUGCUUUGGGGCCUAUGAAUGUAA